GUCCAUCAGAGAGGCAAGGCUCGGUGAGUCAGUACCCUACAGUAAAUAUUUGUAUUAGCAAGAGCCGGCUCUGUAAUGGUGGAUCUGUAAAGGAGAGCCAGGGAGCCGGAGAGCCCAGCCUUCGCCCAGAAAUUCCUCCCGUUGUCUGGCCGGGGAGCGAGCGAAGCCGACUCGGCACCAUGUCGGUGAACAUGGAUGAGCUGAAGCACCAGGUGAUGAUCAAUCAGUUCGUGUUGACUGCGGGGUGCGCCGCGGACCAGGCGAAGCAGCUUCUUCAGGCGGCACAUUGGCAAUUCGAGAUAGCCCUCAGUGCUUUUUUCCAAGAGACCAAUAUCCCUUAUAGCCACCACCAUCAUCAGAUGAUGUGCACUCCUGCCAACACCCCCGCCACGCCCCCCAACUUCCCCGACGCCCUCACCAUGCUCUCCCGCCUCAAGGCCUCCGAGAGCUUCCACAGCAGCAGCCCCAUGGCUUCCUCGGCCACCUCGCCCCCACCCCUUCCGCAUCCCCCCCACUUUGGGAGCUUCCCCACCCCCGGCUGGCCUACUGCCUCACCUCCGGGCCCACAGCAGCAGCCCCUGCAGCCGCAGCAAUACUCAUGGACUCCUGCCCCUUCUUCCCAGCCCUCGGACUGGCCUCCCCCGGCCUCCCAGCAGGCCACCUCAGAACAGAAGGCCAACUCGACCAUGGAGGCGGAGAGAUAAGGGAGGCCUCCCCCCUCCCCUCCCCAGGGCCCAGCUCCCAGGGCCGGGGGCAGGGGAGAGGACCUCUCCCGCGGGCCCCUUCCUCCUCCUCCUCUGCACCCCCAUGGUGAUUUCUUUCCCCUUUCCCCUGGAGACCUGGAGGGGGGGAGACAGGACUUGGUAGCCAGGCAGGGACUGUGUCUUCUCUCUCUCUCUCUCUCUCACACACACACACACACACACAUAUACACACACACACACACACACACACACUCUCACACUCUCCUCUGCCUAGAUUUAAUUUGAAGCUGGGCUCACAUUAGAGACUGAGGGACCUUCUCAAAGACUAAACAGCUACCCGGACCUGCCCGCCCUCCCUCCCCUUCCCUAGUUACCCUAGAGAAUCACUACAAAGUCAGCUUCUGAUUUCAGGUUCCAUGUACUUCUAUGCACACACACACACACACAUGCAUGCGUACAAACACGGGAACACAGGGCCCUGUCUGUGUGUGUGUGUGCUCGUGCGCGUGUAUAAAAAUGUAUUUAUGUGUAUGUCUCUACUCAAAACUCCAUGUAGGUUUUCAGGGCAGCUGGAUUUUGCAUGUGAAUAACUGAUUCCCAAAGGCUUCCCUACCCUCGCCUUUUGCCCUACUUCCCUCCCCCACCUUCUGUUCUCCUGUCCAGCACUGCCUCACCUGCAUAGAAAUGGACUGUGGGAAACUCCAGGACUCUGCCUUCCCCACCCCAGCCCCCUCCUCCCCCCUGGGAUCACCUGCAUGCCUUCCCCAGAGCCCAGGGGGAUGGGGUCCCCACCUCCUUUCCCCAUUUUAACAAACAAGAAGAAGAAAUUCCAAACCCA